UUCUCAUUUGCGCUGUGUGCCUUGUGCAGUGGGGAACAGGGCAGAACUGCGCUGAGUGGGGCUGAACUAGUUCAGAGGAGUGUAGAAGUAGAGACAGAGAAGCAGAUAGACUAGAGUAAACCCAGAGUGAAAGAUUGGGACAGACAGUGAAGAUUGUGCUUACCAAGCAAACGGGAUUAACAGCCGAAACACACUGGACCUCUUUUCCUUUCUUUAGCUAAAGGAAGCGACUCAGUCAUAAAGACGAUAGCUAUUUAGGCAGAGCUACAUGCUGGUGGGGAACCAGGAGAGAAAACCAUGGCAGUCGUACUCAGACCUAUUUAAUCUUCCUAGCAUUUAGUUUAGUUCGUUUUACCAUUGACUUACUGGUGUAGCAGGCUUACUUGCAGUGACAUUGACCCAUAACCCCCAACUCUGCUUUGCAGGUUCUGUCUCCCCUUGAGUUGGACUUUAAUUUUGGCUUUUGACCCCUGGAACAGGAAAGGGUUUUUGAUCUGGCAGGGGACGAGCCCUGCUGUGAACCAGCCUGGACUGACCCACCAGCAUUUUUUCAUAAUUGCUGGACAACAGGAACAUUUCUCCUACCAGCUCUUCUUCUCCUAAACCAGAUCUGAGACUUUCCGCGCUGGAGUCGCAUAUUUAAAGGACCUCUCCGGCCUCUUUUGCCCCAGGACCAUGGGCUUUCUCUGGGGCAGCAUUAUGCUGCUGUGUGCGGUGGCUCUGCUUAGGACGGAGGGCAGCGGAGCCCAACAGACCAAGAACAACGUCCCCCGACUAAAACUCUCCUACAAAGAGAUGUUGGAAUCUAACAACCUAGUGACAUUUGAAGGUCUGGCCAACAGCUCGGCUUACCACACCUUCCUGUUGGAUGAGGAGAAAGGAAGACUAGUGGUGGGAGCGAAGGAUCACAUCUUCUCUUUUAACCUGCUCAAUAUCAGCAAGGACUACGCACAGAUCCCUUGGCCAGCUUCUCCCACCAGGCGAGAUGAAUGCAAGUGGGCAGGAAAAGAUCUCUCGAGAGAAUGCUCAAAUUUCGUGAAGGUGCUGCAGUCGUUCAACCAGACACAUCUCUAUGUGUGUGGGACAGGAGCAUUUCACCCCGUGUGUUCCUACCUGGAGGUGGGCAAGAAACCAGAGGACAGUGUGUUCAGACUGGAAACCCAUGUAGAAAAUGGCAGGGGGAAGAGUCCAUAUGACCCCAAGUUACUCACGGCAUCCAUGCUAAUUGAUGGUGAAUUGUAUGCUGGGACAUCGGCUGACUUUAUGGGGCGGGACUUUGCCAUCUUUCGUACUCUUGGCAAGCAUCAUCCAAUCAGGACGGAGCAACAUGACUCCCGGUGGUUAAAUGAUCCUAGGUUUUUGGGUGUUCAUUUGAUUCCAGAGAGCGAUAAUCCAGAAGAUGAUAAAAUCUACCUGUUCUUCAGAGAGAACGCUAUGGAUGGAGAACAUGCUGGAAAGGCCACACAUGCUCGCAUUGGACAGCUCUGUAAAAAUGACCUGGGAGGUCACAGAAGCCUGGUGAAUAAGUGGACCACCUUUUUAAAAGCUCGACUUGUUUGCUCUGUGCCGGGCAGUAAUGGAAUAGACACGCACUUUGACGAACUACAGGAUGUUUUUCUCAUGAGCACAAAGGAUCCCAAGAGCCCAAUGAUUUAUGCAGUAUUUACCACUUCCAGCAAUAUCUUCAAAGGUUCAGCCGUGUGUAUGUACAGCAUGACAGACAUCAGGAGAGUGUUCCUGGGUCCGUACGCUCACAGAGAUGGGCCCAACUAUCAAUGGGUGCCCUUCCAAGGACGUGUUCCCUACCCACGGCCUGGCACAUGCCCGAGCAAGACAUUUGGUGGAUUUGAUACAACCAAGGACCUUCCUGAUGAAGUGGUAACUUUUGCCAGAAGCCAUCCAGCCAUGUUCAACCCUGUCUACCCCAUUAACAAUCGACCAAUCAUAGUCAAAACAGAUGUGGACUACCAGUUCACUCAGAUUGUGGUGGAUAAAGUAGAAGCAGAAGAUGGCCAGUAUGAUGUGAUGUUCAUAGGCACAGACAUGGGAACGAUUCUAAAAGUGGUGUCCAUCCCCAGAGGCUCUUGGCAUGACUUAGAGGAAGUCCUGUUGGAAGAAAUGACUGUAUUUCGGGAGCCAACAGCCGUCACAGCCAUGGAACUAUCAACAAAACAGCAACAACUGUACCUGGGCUCAGACAUCGGUGUGUCCCAGAUGCCUCUGCACCGGUGUGAGGUUUAUGGGAAGGCCUGUGCUGAAUGCUGCCUGGCAAGAGACCCUUAUUGCGCAUGGGAUGGCACAGAAUGCUCAAGAUAUUUUCCCAUGGCCAAGAGGAGAACAAGGAGACAAGAUAUCAGGAAUGGAGACCCACUCACUCAGUGCUCAGACCUGCAACACCAUGAUGAACUGAGUGGACAGACGACCCUGCAGGAUAAGACGGUGUAUGGUGUGGAGAACAGCAGCACUUUCCUCGAGUGUAGUCCCAAGUCCCAGAGAGCCAUGACAUACUGGCAGUAUCAACACUCGACCGAGGACCGCAAACAAGAGAUUAAAUCAGAGGAACGUUUUAUCCGCACAGACCAGGGCCUCCUGAUCCGCACCCUGAACAAGAAAGAUUCAGGCAUCUAUCUGUGCCAGGCAGUGGAACAUGGCUUCAUGCAGACGGUUCUAAAGGUUAACUUAGAGGUCAUUGACACGGAGCGACUGGAGGAUCUUCUACAUCGUAAUGAAGCAGCAGCAGCAGCAGCAGCCAGCGUGCCUGCCAUGGAAUUUUCCACUGCCCGGGAAACUCCCAAUCAAAAGCUUUGGUACAGAGAUUUCCUGUCUUUGGUCAAUCACCCGACUCUGAACAGUGUGGACGAGUUCUGUGAGCAGGUUUGGAAAAGGGAGCGGAAGCACAGGAGGCAGAAAGCUCACCUUGUUCAGCAAGUACAAAUACACCACCAGCAGCAACAUCAUCCUCAUCAUCAGCAGCAGCAGCAGCAGCAGCAGCAGCAAAAGGUUGUGCUGAGCGCUCACAGCCAUCUGCAUGCUCAAGGACUGGCAGCCAAGUGGAAACACCUGCAAGAGAGGCAGAAGGGGCGCAACCGCAGGACCCAUGAACUGGAGAGGGCCCCCCGCAGUGUCUGACCCACAAACCUUGACUUUUAUACACAGCAAGACUUGAAGCCACACCCAGUUCUCAUUCUGUAAACCUGAUUAACUUAUCGCGUUUCUCCAUCAUCCUGAGACACGGACUUUUUCCACAAAGACUGGACAGAAAAGUCGAACCGCGCAAGAAUUAAGUCCUACCCUGAUCUGCCAGCUGGUGUGUUCUGUGCGUGGGCAGCCAUGUUUACAGUACACCAGUAUGGAGGACUGCAGGAGACAGGAUGCAUCACGGCAGACCAUCAGAGCAUAUUAUCUCAGCUGGCCUCUGUGAACUCUACAGAGGGACAGUGUCAACCAGCAAAAGAACUGGAUACACGUAGCCAUCCCAUAGGCUUGACAGACACUUUGUGGAUAUGGCUGCAGCAAUGGGAUUGUGUCACGGGAAUGCUUAUAAGCGUUCUCUGUCAGUGUGCAGAUAAGUAGAUUCCUAAACAAACAUGAUUUCAUUUUUUUUUUUUUUUAACACAAAUACAAAAGAGAAGUUGGUGAGAUUGUAUUAAAAAUGGUCUGGAGUUAAAAGAGAAGCCAAUAAGGAAUAUUUGGUCAACUUUGUGUGAAACGAAAUGAGAAGGAAAAUGCCCAGGUACUGCAAGAAACUGUAAGGAAGAGUCACCAUUUGUUCACCAAACCCGAUAAUGUAACCGAGAUAUGUAAAUACAGUAUUCUGUUAUGUCUACUCAUACUAAAGGGAAUGGCUUGCAGUCUUCUAGUUGCUUCUCGUUGUUUCCCAGAUAGAAAUUUAUUUAAGGAAAAGUCGGAAGCAGCUGUAAGAGAUUUUAUACUCGUCUAUGUGUCCAUGCCCUAGAUAAGCUUUCCAAACAAAGACGGUUAGGAUUAUUUGUUUACUUUGUGUUUUUUUAAAUCAUCAGAUUCUCAGCAUUUAUAAACCUUAGAGUCACUUUAAAUCUGCCAAAUGCAUUGUCUCCAAGCGUCAUACUGAGUUCUUCCAUGUUUAUUUAAUUAUAAGUUGGUAUACACUUUUUUUCCACUUCUUGUGUAUUUAUUGAUAUACACUGCUGUACAUUGUGGACAUAUUUUUCGAUGUGCAUCUUUUUUUUUAUUUUCUUUUCUCUUUAUCUCUCUGACUAUUUUGAUUUACAGGACCAACUUUGAAAAAACGACCGUAUUAUCUCAAAUACUGUAGUAAGACUGGAAGUUAUCUGUCAGUUUCGGUCAAUGUCACACGCGUUACAUAUCAAAUGCACUGAGCAACGAGCCAGUAUCCAUACUCCUUUCUUGCACAUUUCUUGCCUCAUAUCCGCGUUCUUCACAUGCAGCGUAGUGUAAAAACCUUCAUUUCACUGCAUGUAACAUGAACAAAACUAUAGUUUUUCAGAAUAAAACUACUUUAUUAAACAAUGCACACAAAAACACAAACCUGGAAUGUAGCUGUGAACAUCGUGUAAAUAUAAAUGCCAUGGUCUGUGUUUGACAAAUAUGACACUAGUGCAUGUGAAUACUAUUGUAGUGUUCUUGUUCUGAUAUGGUGAUGAUAUACUAGUCUGACGUUGUCACGGUUAAGUUGUUGUUUGCUAAUGCAGUACACAAUAGUAACUAUUUCAAAGAUGUACAUACUACUUCUGUCUCUAGUUGAUAUAGACGAGAGCUAAACCGGAUCCGUCUGUGGCCUUCACUGUCCACAGACCAGUGAACAGCAAUGAGCGGUUGAGCUCUGCAACACGUCGGCAUGUCAGAUAACCUUGUGUAGUGAGACAAAGCGAGCGUCAUCUGCUUUUGGAAGCUAUGACAGGGGAAGAGGAGAAACAGCUGGAAAUCAGCCAUGUGAGAUUUCAGGUCUACAAAACAAGGUGAACGUGAGCAUGUGACACGAUCGUCGUUAUAAAGAGAAUUUGUGCGGGACCUGUCUUGGACACACGGUGGAAACCGAGGAAAUAAAGUGCUGCUGUCGCUGCUUUUUUGGCAUGAUGAUGAUGUUGGUGAUGAUGAUGGUGGUGAUGUAUUCUACUGAUCUAAUAAAUGUCUCUUCAUAAA